AUGCUGCCUCCCACUGCAGCCGUGCUCGCCUUUGCUGCGACCGCCCGCCUCGCACUCGCCCUCCCUCGCAUCGGCCACGACUUCCCCGCCCAGGCCGUCUUUGCGCCCGCAGCGCCCGCCCACGACCACGAGCAGCAGCAGCAGCACCUCGCCCUCACUGUCGAUAGCCAGAUCUCGACCUUGAGCCACCCGCACUUGCCGACCCACCGCCUGCGCGUCAAGCACCCGCGAGAGCUGUGCGACCCCGACGUCAACCAGACUUCUGGCUACAUCGACAACGACCAGGGCCACCACCACUUCUUCUGGCAGUUCGACUCGCGCAACGACCCCUCGAGUGACCCGGUCGUCCUCUGGCUCAACGGCGGUCCCGGAUGCUCCUCGUUCACCGGUCUGCUGCAAGAACUCGGCCCCUGCCGGGCGAGGCCGUCGGGAGAGGACCCGGUCUUCAACCCUCACUCCUGGAACAACAACGCCUCGAUCAUCUUCCUCGAUCAGCCUGUCGGCGUCGGCUACUCGUACGCCGACAAACACGACGAGGGCGUGUGGACGACCGAGGCGGCUGCUCGAGACAUCUACGCCUUCCUCCAGAUCUUCUUCCACGAGUACGCAGACAAGUUCAGCAACUCCGAGUUCCACAUCGCCGGCGAGUCGUACGGCGGGCGCUACAUCCCCGUGUUCGCCGACUACAUCUGCAAGCAGAACGAGCAUGCCGACGAGCGCGGCCUGACCCAGAUCAACCUCGCGUCGGUCCUCAUCGGCAACGGCUUCACCGACCCGCUCCGACAGUACGCGUCCUACCACCCGACUGUCUGCACGGACAAGAUGGGCGGGCCCUUCCUCGACCAACGCUCGUGCGACCAGAUGGCUCGAGCGCUGCCGGCGUGCCAAAGCCUCGUCAAGGCCUGCUACGAACGCCCGCACGUGUCGUCCCUGUGCGUUUCGGCGUCGGUUUACUGCGAGAGCAGGGUCACGGCGCAGUACGACUCGACGGGCCGCAGCCCGUUCAACAUGCGCAAGUUUGGCGACUAUGUCGAGAACAAGUGGAUCGAGCGCUGGCUCAACACCGAGUCGGUCCGGCACGAGCUCGGCGUCGACCUCGACCCGCACGGUCACGGCGUCAAGAAGUUCGUCGGCUGCAGCGACAAGGUCUUCGAGCACUUUACCUUGUCGGGCGACCAGGUCCGCCCGAGCUUCCACCAGGUCGCCGACCUUCUCGACAACGGCGUCGCGACUCUGCUUUACGUCGGCACCCUCGACUACAUCUGCAACUGGCUCGGCAACGCCGACUGGGCGAGCCACCUCGCUUGGGCUCACGGCGACAAGUUCAGCAACGAGCCCUUGCGCCCGUGGUACGCCUCGGACGAGCUCGCGCGGGUCGGCAACGAGACGGUCCGAGCGGGCGAGUAUCGCCAGGUCGACAACUUUGCGCUCGCCGGCGUCGACGGUGCGGGACAUUUUGUCCCGUACGACAAGCCUAAGGAGGCGCUCGCGCUGUUCAACGGCUGGGUGUUCAACCGCACGAUCGGCUUUACCGCUUUCGAGGAGUCGGCUUGAGCCGUCGCCUGUGAGCAGUCGUUGUAAAUGCCACUUUGUCGUCUCGAAUACUC